UGAGACCAUGAAGCUCGAGUUCGCGCCUCUCAACAUCCCGCUGGCGCGGCGCCUGCAGACCGCUGCGGUGCUUCAGUGGGUCCUGACCUUCCUCCUGCUGGCACAGGUGUGCGUUGGGAUCAUGGCGAUGUUGAUCAUAUACAACUACUGGUUCCUUUACAUCCCAUAUCUAAUCUGGCUCUACUUUGACUGGCAAACCCCAGAGAAAGGAGGCAGGAGAUCCGACUGGGUCAAAAGCUGGACUGUGUGGAGGUAUUUUAAGGACUAUUUCCCAAUUCAUCUCAUCAAAACCCAGGAGUUGGAUCCAGGUCACAAUUAUAUAUUCGGGUUUCACCCUCAUGGAAUACUUGUGCCUGGAGCCUUUGGAAAUUUUUGCACAAAUUACUCAGACUUCAAGAAAUUGUUUCCCGGUUUUACGGCAUAUCUCCACGUGACCUCAUGCUGGUUCCGGUGCCCGUUUUUCCGAGAAUAUCUGAUGAGCUUGGGGCCAGUUUCUGUUUCUAAGAAGAGCAUAUCCCAUGUGUUGAGCGAGGCCAGAGGUGGGAACAUUUCUGUCAUUGUCGUUGGGGGUGCAAAGGAGUCACUGGAGGCCCACCCAGGAAAAUAUAACCUCUUUAUCAGCCAGCGCAAAGGAUUUGUGAAGAUUGCCUUGACCCAUGGCGCCAGUUUGGUCCCUGUGAUUUCGUUUGGAGAAAAUGACCUUUUUAAACAAAUCAACAACCCUGAAGGCUCCUGGCUUCGAACUGUACAAUACAGAGUGAAGAAAUUAACAGGACUUGCCUUGCCACUGUUGUAUGCCAGAGGACUUUUCCAGUACAGCUUUGGUCUAAUGCCAUAUCGGAAACCGAUCCAUGCCAUUGUUGGCCGCCCCAUCCCUGUCCAGCGGACUCUGCACCCGACUCCAGAGCAGACUGAACAGCUGCAUCAGACCUACAUGGAGGAGCUAAGGAAACUAUUUGAUGAGCACAAAGGGAAGUACGGUAUUCCAGAACACCAAACUCUGGUUUUUAAAUGACUCUCCCCCUUCAAA